CCCCACCCCAACCCAGCGCUAAGUCAAGUCCAUCUCACUCGCCAAUGUCCAUCACCACGUCCUCCACCCCGCCCGCGAUCCUCGACAUGCCGGCUCCCGACGUCGCCAGCAAUGGCGCGCGCGCGGCCAGGCGGAGGCGGCUGCUGUUGUGCGCCAACUACGUUGCCCUGCUCGGCGGCUCCGUGGCGUCCAGCCUGCUGUCCCGCUACUACUUCGCGCACGGCGGCCGCGAUCGGUGGGUGGCAACGCUGGUGCAGUCGGUCGGGUUCCCGGUGCUGCUCGUGCCCGUCUACGCCGGCCGGCCCGCCGGGCAGCCCCGGCCGUUCGCGUGGUUCACGAGGCGGUUGCUCAUGGCGUGCGUGGUCAUCGGGGUGCUCAUGGGGGUGAACAACCUGCUCUUCUCGUACAGCUCGUCCUACCUGCCCGUGUCCACCUCGUCGCUGCUGCUGUCCACGCAGCUGGCGUUCACGCUCGUGCUCGCCGCCGUCAUCGUGCGCCACCCCGUAACCUUCUCCAACCUCAAUGCCGUGGUGCUCCUCACCCUCAGCUCCGUGCUGCUCGCGCUGCGAUCGUCCGACUCGGCUGAGCAGCCCGACGGGGGGAGCCGGACGAGGUACUUCAUCGGGUUCGCGGUGACCCUGGGCGCGGCAGGGCUCUUCGCGGCCUACCUGCCUGUCAUGGAGCUGCUGUACCGCAGGGCCGUGUCCGGCGGGUUCCGGAUGGUGGUGGAGGUGCAGGUAGUGAUGCAGGCCGCGGCGACCGCGCUGGCGGUGGUCGGGCUGGUGGUGGCCGGCAGGUGGAGCGAGGAGCUGGCGCGGUGGGACAAGUCGCCGGCGGCGUACUGGGUGUUGGUGGCCGCGCUGGUGGCGACGUGGCAGGCCUGCUUCAUGGGCACGGCCGGGAUGGUGUACCUCACGUCGUCGCUGCACAGCGGCGUGUGCAUGACCGCGGUGCUCACCGCCAACGUGAUCGGGGGCGUGGUCGUGUUCCGCGAUCCGUUCGGCGCGGAGAAGGCCAUCGCCACCGUUCUCUGCAUCUGGGGAUUCUCCUCCUACCUGUACGGAGAGUACAGCACGCGGCAGAAGCAGCAGGAAGGCGACGGUAAGGUGGCCGCCGCGUCCACCGGAGGCGACUCGGACAAGAGUGUUACAAGUGGCGACGUUGGAGGUGCAGCUGAAACCGUUUGAUCUAACCUUUUUUCAUUUUUAGAGCUUAGUAUCCGGAACAUGGGCCGGGGGGAACAAAUCUCAAAGGAAGUACAUCUAGUCUAGUUGCACCUAUUUCUCAACAACAACAAAAAAAGUCUAGUUGCACAAUGCAUGCAUGCGUGGCACAUAAACUAGACAUGCAUGGGUGUCACAAGAGACAAAGCUAGUUGUGUACAUAGCGAUCGACGAGGUUGGUGAUUGUGGUUUGGUGGUUGCUUGUUUGUAAGGUUUAAUGUUUGCUAUAAUGUUUCGACGGACGAAAUGGAAGGAUGUUUGAUUA